AUGGACAACUCCCACAUUAUCAACCUUACAGAACCCUUGCACGAGUCCAUUACUGGCCUUGAUCAUCUCGGUAAAAAAGUCAGAAUCCUCACUUUAAACUGUUUUCUGCGUCCUCCACCCAUAAAAAACAAUAAAUGUGACUAUAAAGACGAGAGAGCAAAAUUCAUAAUAGAAAAUAUCCUGAGCAACUAUGAUAUCAUUUGCUUCCAAGAAGUAUUUGGCGCUUUAAGCAGCCGGAAAAGCAGAAUUAUCAAAGCAGCUGUGAAGCUAGGAUUUGUUUAUUAUGAGCAAGCACCAGCCCCUGGAUUCUGAAGUACACAAUUUAUUGAUGGAGGGCUAGUUAUCCUCAGCAGGUUUCCUAUAUUACGAACCGAUUUUCAAGCCUUUAAGAAUGGAGUUGUGCCAGAUCUUUUUUCAAUGAAAGGAAUACUUUAUUGUAAACUAGAAAUCCAUGGAGAGCCAGUCCACUUGUUUACAGCUCAUCUCCAAGCUUCUUAUCCUACUACAAAUCAAAGAACCUUCUUGCAUUAUCGACAAGUUAGAAGACACCAAAUGAAAAUCAUGGAAGAAUUUAUUGCAAAAAAUUCGAAAGCAAAAGAGUUGACUCUGGUGUUAGGCGACAUGAAUGUUGAUGGAAAAGAAAGACAAAAGCAGCCUUUAUUUCAUAAUAUUGAAUGUCAGGAUGACUAUGAAGUGCUUAUAAGCCACUUAUGUGGAGGGAAUUUAGGGAAUAUUUUGGAUGUUGUUAGAAGUAAGUAUGGGUAUUCACCAGCUACUUAUGGGGUGAAGCUGCCUAAUGGAGAGCCUGAGGAAACUGUUUUAUCACAUAGAAAUGAAAAUACAAGGGAUACUUCAAUUGAUCAUAUUUUUGCUAUGAAUUUGAACGAGUCGGUAUGAGUUAUUUAGAAAUUUGCAAUUGAGAAUAGUGAUACUCGUGUAGAGCCAUUCUACGUGAAAGGGAUGCCUUUUAAUAGGGUUAGUGAUCAUUAUGGAGUGCAAACAUCUUUUUAUCUCAAAUCUACGUAA